CACAAUCACCGUGCGGGGCUUGCUUUCCAGGUUGCAACGUCGAGCAACUCCAACUGCUGCACCUCUGUCAAAACCAACGGCCCAACGAACCCCGUCUCGACUUCAAGCAGCAUUUGCUGAAUAGCCGGAUUUUGGCUCGAGCCCACAACUCCCACACGAUCAACAUCUUACCUAGGCAAACGACCAACAGCACCCGGGAAGCGCCGCAUCAUCGUCACCGCAAACCCGACCGCAUCCACCACGCUCCGCCCGCUCUUGCACCUCCCCCCGUUCGAACCGCCCACCAUGUCCAUCAUCCGCGAGCACACGCAAGCGACGCUAAGCGACGCGUGGCGGACCAUCAACAUCGACGCGCUGCAGGAGGACUCGUCGGUCAACUUCGACACGGCGACGCUGCACCCGCCGCAGCCCGAGAUCAGCGAGGGCGACGCACGGCAGAUCCAGUCCCAGGUGCGGCAGCUCCUGCGCGGCGGCGACGCCGAGGGCGCGCUGCGCGGCUGCCUCGAGACGCCCGUGUACAACGGCGGCGAGCUGGCGCGCGAGACCCACCUGCAGACCGUCAUCGAGGUGCUCCAGAGCAUCAAGGCGAGCGAGAUGACUCCCAUGCUCCAGAGGAUCUACUCCAGCCCCGGGGGCAGUGAGUGCUUGGAUGUUUUGAUGAAGUACUUAUACAAGGGAAUGGCUGGGUCGUCAUCAUCUUCUGCUGGUAGCGCUCCCCGGACACCGAGCCGCAUGACGCCUCAACCGACCGGCUUCAGCCAGGUUGGAGCGAGACCUGGUGCCCCGGCCGAGUCGACGGGCGCGGCCAUGAGCGUGUUGCUUAGCUGGCACGAGAAGGUGGUGGAAGUGGCGGGGCUGGGUUGUAUAGGCCGGGUCAUGACCGACUGGCGGCGAGUGUAAAGCGUGCUCUUGCGGCGUUGGGGAAUAUAGCGAUAAGGUGUUUAAAACGCAAGUCUUCGGCUGCCUAUAGACAUGGUUGGCGUUCUGCAACGAGGGAUGCGAAGACAUGCUUGCCGGAGGAUCCAGCUCAUCCGUUAUGACUGCAUUUCAUGGACUUGGACAACCACCGAGAGAAGAGAUGAAGAACCGACC